AUGUCGAUGGAGAACCUUAGUUGCUGUGAAAGCUUCCUCAAAAGCUCUAAACCCUACUUCGCCAUGGUAUCUCUCCAAUUUGGCUACGCCGGCAUGAACAUAAUUACCAAAAUAUCCCUCAACACCGGUAUGAGCCACUACGUCCUUGUUGUCUACCGCCAUGCAAUCGCCACCGCCGUUAUUGCCCCCUUCGCUUUCUUCUUCGAAAGGAAAGCUCAGCCGAAAAUAACAUUCACCAUUUUUGUGCAACUAUUUAUUCUCGGCCUUCUCGGGCCAGUGAUUGAUCAAAACUUCUACUACGUGGGGUUGAAAUAUACGUCGCCAACGUUCUCGUGCGCCAUGAGUAACAUGCUUCCAGCCAUGACCUUCAUCUUGGCCGUAUUAUUCCGGAUGGAGAUGUUGGACGUGAAGAAACUCUGGUGCCAGGCGAAAAUAGCCGGAACGGUGGUGACGGUGGCCGGAGCCAUGUUAAUGACAAUUUACAAAGGACCCAUCGUUGAGCUGUUUUGGACCAAAUAUAUGCAUCUACAACAUGCUAACGACACGACGUCGUCUAACAAUCCAAAUGAUAGUAAGGAUUUUCUCAAAGGCUCCAUCCUCCUCAUCUUGGCUACACUCGCAUGGGCCUCCCUCUUCGUUCUACAGGCAAACAUACUAAAGACGUACGCGAAGCAUCAGAUUUCUCUAACCACACUCAUUUGCUUCAUCGGAACACUUCAAGCAGUUGUUGUGACAUUUGCCAUGGAACACAACCCAUCUGCUUGGAGAAUUGGCUGGGACAUGAACCUCCUUGCCGCCGCUUACUCUGGGAUUGUGGCAUCAAGUAUCUCAUACUAUGUGCAAGGGGUAGUGAUGAAGAAAAAAGGACCUGUGUUUGCUACUGCGUUUAGUCCUUUAAUGAUGGUUAUUGUUGCAAUCAUGGGUUCUUUUGUCUUGGCAGAAAAGAUCUACCUUGGAGGGGUGAUUGGAGCCGUACUGAUUGUGAUUGGACUGUAUGCGGUUUUAUGGGGAAAGAAAAAGGAGAGUCAAGUGGUUAACUGUGAGAUUUCAGAACCCACAAAGAAUAUUGGCUCAAGUUGUAAAGUAACUGAGGAUGUGGAAGCCAAUAAUGGACUUGAAAUGAAGAAUUCUGAAGUUGACAACAAUUCUACGCUGUCCACGAUUGUAAUCAGCUCUCCAACAUCGGAAAACCCUUUGAAGAGAACUAUCCAAGAGCCAUGA